AUGGCGUUCGCAGCUGCACGCAUGAUAUUGAAGGACAAAAGAAGGAAGGCCUCGAAGGAAGACUUUAGGGACCCCCGAAAUAGAAGCAAGGCUCGGAGCGCUAGCACCAGUAGCUUUAGGAGUGUAAGUCAGGCGCGAAACAAACCAGCAGAUGGUGGUGGGCACGUCAAUCAGAAAAAUGCCGCCGGACAAAAAGCCACAACACCCAGUCAGAAAGUAAGUUCUUCAACAAAAGGGGGUCCAAAAACUCCCGUCAAGCCUUCAGCACAAAAGGGUGCAGCAAAGACUGCGCCGCCGAAGCAGGCGGCAGCUGCGGCCGCGGUGAAGACACCACAAGGGAAGAAGAAAAAGGGACACAAACAUCAGCAGUACGAGCUGAUUGUUACCAUAAAUUUGUCAGAAUAUGGCCUUACGGAAGAACAAGUCGCGGAAUUCAAAGAAGCCUUUAUGCUGUUCGACAAAGAUGAAGAUGGGACCAUCACCAUGGCAGAACUCGGGGUUGUAAUGCGCUCGCUAGGCCAAAGACCUUCAGAGACUGAAUUACGGGAUAUGGUGAAAGAAGUGGACCAGGACGGCAAUGGUACGAUCGAGUUCAAUGAAUUUCUCCAAAUGAUGUCCAAAAAGAUGCGCGGUACUGAUGGAGAAGACGAGCUUAGAGAGGCAUUCAGGGUAUUCGACAAGAACAACGACGGUCUAAUCUCUUCGGACGAGCUGCGUCAUGUGAUGACGAAUCUUGGCGAGCGGCUCAGCGAGGAGGAAGUGGAUGACAUGAUCCGCGAAGCUGAUCUUGAUGGCGACGGCAUGGUCAACUACGAUGAGUUCGUGACAAUAUUGACGUCGAAAAACUAGUAUGCAGAGCAAAGGCCGAAGAGAGAUCCUCCCCCAUCUCGCCAGUGUCCUAACGAGGAUUUGUACAAGUUUGGAGGGAAAGAAACUCUUAUAUAAUCUAUAACGGCACGAAAAACAGUUCAAUACUGAACGAACACUAUUUAAAAUAACGCUAUUCAAAUAACGGUUAAUAACCGUUGUGUUUAAAAAAGCGCUUGGUGGCAGUGUAUACGUACAUAUGUGUCUAGAUGUUUAUACGUUGAGUUGCUUCAAUUAUAAAUAUAAUUAAAUGUUCAGUUAAUAGGACAUCAAAAGAAACUGAAACAAUGGAACUGAUUUCAAUAGAUCAUUCUCUAAAGUAAAACGCGCUUAUUUUAGAGAUGGAAAUAGCGAAAGACUUUUAGCUAUUGUGAUAUCAAUUUAAAAAUACUAUUACCUAUAAAAAUCAUUGAAAUUUGUAUGUUUAUAUAACUUUAGAGGAUGUCAUAUGGAUUGGUCUUGCAUGUUUAGACAAUAGAUUUUAGAGGUCAACGGUAAAUUAAUGUUUCCAUACACAAUAUUCUAUAUGGACCCAUUGUAACAUAAACCAUUCGGUUAUAAUGUUUUACUAUUUCGUUUAUAAUCAAAAUAAUUAUAGUGCAGUAAUAUGAAAUGAGCGCUUUAGUUACUCGAUAUUGUACCGUUUUUAGAGCUUAAACGUUAUAAUUCAAAUCACUUAAAAUUUAUUUUUUAUUUGAAAAAAGCAACACAUUUAUAACGUUAUGUUAACGCUUUUCGUAGUACUUUUAUAUAUAAUAUUACGUGUAGACUACUAUAUAAUAAUUGCAUUGGUUAAAACUUUUCUAAAGCACGGAAGGCAGGGUCGUCUGCAAUCUCCGAUAGUUUCAAACAUACAAUAUGAUUUGUCAUGGGCAGUAGAAAUAAUUGUUAUACUUACAUGUAUUAAGGGUCCUCACAUCUGCCUAAUUAUGUAUUAGAAACUAGUUUUUUUUAUAUAGAAACUAGAAAACGGUUUUCAGCUUUUUAACGUUGGCAAAUGGUGACGGACCCUGAGUACAGAUACUAUACCUUUUUCAGUAUAAUUUUAAUAAAGUAGUCA